CGCAGCUUCCACCGACGGCGAGAGUCGAGGUAGUUGCGGCUCGUUCGCAGCGAUAGGAGAAACGACGAGAGAAAGAGAGCGCCUCACCUCCUCAACAACAGAGUGAGGUAGGGGAAGAGACAGAAGGCGUCAGAGGAAGCGAAGCGAAGCGGCUGCUGGAGUAGAAGAGGACCACCAAACAGCAGCUCGGACCUCCGGCUCGGGCUCUUUAACUGUCGGCGCUUUAUUAGCCCACAAAGUGUCCCAUUUUCGCCCAGAUUCGUCAUGUCAUCGUCCGGCAAAGACAACAGCGGUGCCCAACACGCCAAUUACGUGGGACCUUACCGUUUGGAGAAGACGCUGGGGAAGGGACAGACAGGGUUGGUUAAACUCGGAGUCCACUGUGUAACAUGCCAGAAAGUCGCCAUAAAGAUUGUAAACCGGGAGAAACUCAGCGAGUCAGUUCUAAUGAAGGUGGAGCGGGAAAUAGCUAUUCUGAAGCUCAUAGAACACCCUCACGUUUUAAAGCUACACGAUGUCUAUGAAAAUAAAAAAUACUUGUACCUUGUGCUAGAACACGUGUCUGGUGGCGAGCUCUUCGACUACUUGGUGAAGAAAGGCAGAUUAACGCCUAAAGAGGCCAGGAAAUUCUUCAGACAGAUCAUGUCUGCCCUGGAUUUCUGCCACAGUCAUUCUAUAUGCCACCGCGACCUGAAGCCGGAGAACCUGCUGCUGGAUGAAAAGAACAACAUCAGGAUAGCGGACUUCGGCAUGGCUUCGCUUCAGGUCGGAGACAGCCUGCUGGAGACCAGCUGUGGAUCGCCACACUACGCGUGUCCAGAGGUCAUCCGGGGAGAGAAGUACGAUGGAAGGAAAGCAGACGUCUGGAGCUGUGGGGUCAUUCUUUUCGCCCUGUUGGUGGGCGCGCUGCCGUUCGACGACGACAACCUGAGGAAUCUGCUGGAGAAGGUGAAGUUGGGCGUAUUUCACAUGCCACAUUUCAUCCCUCCGGACUGUCAAAACCUCCUUCGUGGCAUGAUUGAAGUGGAUGCCACCAAGAGAUUAACGUUAGAGCAGAUCCAGAAGCACACGUGGUACAUAGGGGGAAAGAACGAACCAGAGCCGGAGCAGCCUGUGCCCAGGAAGGUGAUGAUCCGCAGCUUGCCCUCCGCAGACGACAUGGACCCAGACGUGCUGGACAGCAUGCACUCCUUGGGCUGCUUCCGAGACAAAAACAAGCUGCUGAAAGACCUGCUUUCGGAUGAUGACAACCAAGAAAAGAUGAUCUACUUCCUGUUGCUAGACCGUAAGGAGAGAUACCCCAGUCAGGAGGACCAGAACCUCCCCCCUCGCAAUGAGAUUGAUCCUCCAAGGAAGCGGGUGGACUCCCCCAUGUUGAACCGUCACGGCAAGAGGAGACCGGAGAGGAAGUCCAUGGAAGUCCUCAGCGUCACAGACGGAGGUUCACCCGUACCGGCCAGGAGAGCAAUAGACAUGACACAGCACGGACAACGGUCGCGGUCCAUCAGCGGCGCCUCGUCUGGCCUCUCCACCAGCCCCCUCAGCAGCCCACGGGUUACCCCUCACCCCUCCCCUCGAGGUAGCCCGCUCCCUACUCCAAAGGGCACUCCGGUGCACACCCCCAAGGAUAGCCCCUCUGGGACACCCACCCCGACGCCGCCGCCAAGUCCGUCCAUUGGGGGCAUGCCAUGGAGGACGCGCCUCAAUUCUAUCAAGAACAGCUUCCUGGGCUCGCCGCGCUUCCACCGCAGGAAACUACAAGUACCCACACAAGAGGAGAUGUCCAGCCUCACACCAGAGUCUUCCCCAGAACUUGCCAAAAAAUCCUGGUUCGGUAACUUCAUCAACCUGGAAAAAGAGGAGCAGAUCUUCAUUGUCAUCCGAGACAAACCUCUCAGUUCCAUCAAGGCAGACAUUGUUCAAGCCUUCCUCUCGAUCCCCAGCCUGAGCCACAGCGUGAUCUCCCAGACCAGCUUCCGAGCAGAGUACAAGUCCACGGCCGGCCCCACAGUCUUCCAGAAGCCGGUCAAGUUUCAGGUGGACAUCACCUAUACGGAGAGCACAGCCGCUACCAAGGAGAACGGCAUCUACUCGGUCACCUUCACCCUGCUCUCAGGGCCGAGCCGGCGCUUUAAGAGAGUAGUGGAGACGAUCCAGAGCCAGUUGUUAAGCACACACGAUCAGCCCGGGGUCCAACAGCUGUCCGGAAUCAUCCAGAAAACCUAUUAGGUCCCUCCUCCUGCUCCCCGGUCCAUUCGCCCUCCCUCAACCAUCCCUGCACCCCUCCAAGCUUGCCAAGAGAGACGGACAUUUGUUGACAGAGGACUGCUUUUAGAGGUGCGCCGGGAGGGGUGUGGGUUGCCAUGGAAACAGCUCCUUCAUGCAGACUUCCACCUUAAUCUCCCUCUGUGCCCGUUCUCCACCUCUGGUAGCCGCCAGUAGAAGUCGAUUUUGAAAUACCUUUAGUGUUCCCAUCGUAGAAACGCACACACAUAACUUGCACAACUCAUCGCACACACAUCGCAACAAAAAAAGAACGUAGACUCCCCGAGACACGAGGAGCCUCUCUUUUUGUUUUUCCCCUCACUGAGCUCAAGGAGCGUUCACUGGAAUUGGAAAAUGGAACGUUUCACAAAAUGACUCUACACAGGAAGAAAAAACAAGAACAUGCAUACGUGCACAGGUCUGGUAUGCACAGAAAACUCUGGGAUGUAUAAGAACAUAAACAACAAUAACAACAACAGAAGACAUGCAGAAUGGAGAGGAGGAGAGAAGAGAGGAGGAGCCCAAACAGCCGACGCAGAUGCUUGCUGGAUUGUAUUUGUUUGCUUUUUAAUGUACUUUCUUUGUGAUGAACUGGGUUUAAAAUACUAACUGACUUUAUUAGACUUAAUAUUAUUGCUGCAAAAUGGACUGAAAUUGUCAUUUCAGAGCGGGGGGGGGUAAAUUAUAGUAUAGGGUUGGGGGGAGGGACGUGGGAGGUUAUGUGGGUAUUUAAAAUGAAUGAUCUAUUCUGUUGUACAGACUCAUAUCAUUUCUUAUGUAAAAAAAUGAAAUGUCUAGUUGUGACACUAUGUUUAGAUACCAUGGGAACAGGUUGGUAAACCUGCACCUGCCACAUAAUGUUGUUCUAAGUUCUCAAGUGUAUUUUUGUUACGUUCCAUUUUUGUCUUUGUUUGAUUGACCUAAUAAUGAUCAAAUGAUCCAUGUUCUCUGCAGCACUUUGUCUUUGGUUUUCCAUCUAUACCUCUCUCUCAGUCUCACCAGCAGUAGGAGUAGAGGAACAAAAAAAAUGCCGUGAUAAAUGCAACUGUGGAUAUUUUUGUAUCUUUGUCCUUAUUUAUUCAUGAUUGUUCAACUCAAUGUUUGAUUUCCUAAUUUAUUAUAACUUGGCUAUUUAUAUGAACAAAGCUCUUAGGUCAGUUGAAUGUUAUUUAUUACCUUCUCUGUGUGUUUGUAAGUGGGGGCGAUGUUUGAAGAAAACAAGUUUCUUUCGUUUCGGUUCGAUUUCAACAGAAAUACGUGAACGAUGACAAAUCACAAAUUGUCUUUUCAUCUUGCAUCUGUGAGGAGGGAAAGACAACUUGAGAGCUUGAGAAAAGAAGUCAUUUACCCGUAAAUUAAGAAUGUAGACUUAGCCUCUAUUUGGAGAGGGAAUACGCUCUUCUAUUGCUAUUUGUCAGUUUCAUAUUAUUGUGCGUGUAGGCUUGCGGUCCGGGGACGAGCACGCCCCCGGAUCCAAAUCUACUCUUCCUCUUUGUAAAUAGACAGACGAACCGUGGGGGUUGGUUGUCUUCUCCACCAUUCUGGGGGAUUCCUGCUCUAUGCUUUUAGCUUGUAUUGCUGUGUGCAUGUCGAACAUGAGCUUUUCUUUGCAUGGCUUUAGUGUUAAUGUUCCAUGCCAAACUCACUCCUUCUCUCAGCCUUCAUCAUAUCUCCCUCCCACACACGACAACCCUUUUUAAAAUGGCCCCCGUCUCUGCCUUUCUCCUCCUCUGCUUUGAUUUCUCGCCUGCCUCCUUUCCUUUGUCCCCUCGCGCCUGCCAAUCUUCCCCCUUCUUAUCUUGUGCACAACGUUUUUGAACUAUGCUUCCUUUACUCUGUACCUCUCUUCUGGAAGGCUCUGAGGUCUAGGCCUUCUACCUGUAGGUAGAAGAGGCACAGGGAGGGGACAACAGUACUACAAAUACAAAGCAAUACCCUAUUGUUCACCCGUCUUUUUUUUUUUUCUACAAUGGGAAGCUAGCAGCACUAAGAACAGCUGAUCAUUUCGAGGCCCGCUGUGGUCUUCUGACAGAGCAGGAAACAAAACCGACUGAUGUAAUCCCCAUCUAAUAUAACUGUGAGCAUCUUCAGUGCUGAAACAAAUAAACUCAUUCAGUUACGGUG